ACUCUUUCGAGCCCGAUACAGUAGUGCACUCGCUAGGAGCUCGAGAGGACAAGUGUACUGCAAACAUUGUUUACACGGAUUUCAGCUCGUUAUUGUUAACAGAGAGCGCUUGUCUUCGUCCGUGAACAGAGCUCUCACUGACGGCUGAUUGACUGCUGUGUGUCAGACGGGAUGGUUUGCUUUGAGAGCUGGUAGAUCACAGGAUUUGUAUUUCCUCCUGGUGUGCUGGUGAACCCUGACACAAUGAAGUCAGAUAUACCAUAUCAAAAGAUGGUUGAUGUGGAGCUAAGCAGAGGAGAAACUCAUCUUGGCUCACAAAAGCAUUACAGGUGCCUGAUCAUCCUCACCUGUUUAACCACAAUACUGCUGAUCCUCCUGUCACUCCAAACCCUGCUUGUUCCCAUGGCAACAUCCUCCUCCUCCUCCUCCUCAUCUGGAGAGCAGGAGCAUCUUCUAAUCAGAGAAACCUGUACUGAUCCCUGCAGGAUUGUUCUAGUGGAGAGUAUUCCUGAGGGACUGGUGUUUAACUCCUCGACCACUCAUCAGUCCAUUUAUGAAGCCUGGCUCAACCUUAUAUCUGGUGCUCAGACCAGUCUGGACAUCGCCUCCUUCUACUGGACUCUCACCAAUAACGACACACAGACACACGAGGCCACAGCCAAUCAGGGUGAGCAGAUUCUGGAGGAGCUAGGGCAGCUCUCGGGGAGAGUCUCUGUCCGAAUUGCAAUCGAUAAACCAUCAGAGAAAAAACCUAUGGAUGACAUCAAGUUCCUGACUGAUUCUGGAGCUGACGUGCGGAUGGUGAAUAUGCGAGAGCUGACGACAGGUGUGCUGCACACUAAAUUCUGGAUCGUGGAUAAGAAGCACAUCUACAUAGGAAGCGCCAAUAUGGACUGGAGGUCACUAACACAGGUGAAGGAGUUGGGUGCCGUUGUGUAUGACUGCAGCUGUCUUGCUGAGGAUCUUGGCAAGAUCUUCGAGGCUUAUUGGUACCUGAAUCAGACCACGACCGUUCCUGCACACUGGCCCAAAAAUUACUCCACAGUGUACAAUAAGGACACACCCAUGCAGCUGUCACUCAAUGGGACCGAUGCCAGCGUCUAUCUAUCAAGCUCUCCUCCUUCACUGUGCGCCGAGGGCCGGACUCCAGACCUGCAGUCUAUCCUCAGCGUCAUCGCUGAUGCCCAGCAGUUCGUCUACAUCGCUGUGAUGGACUAUCUGCCCACUAUGGAGUACUCCAGCCACAAAAGGUACUGGGCAGAUAUCGACACCCAGCUGCGGAGCGCGGCUUAUGAGCGUAAUGUUCGUGUGCGUCUGCUGAUCAGUUGUUGGGAAAAUACCAACCCCAUCAUGUUCCCUUUCCUCCGUUCACUAGCAUCCUUACAGGACAAGAGCACACUGGAUAUUCAAGUGAGAAUUUUUACUGUGCCUGCCAACCCUCGACAGAAACACAUUCCCUACGCCAGAGUCAACCACAACAAGUACAUGGUCACAGAUAAAGUUGCUUACAUAGGUACUACUUUUACAUUUUGUUCUUCUUAUUGCAUUUCUAAAACAUCUGAACUAGUGCUGUGA